AUGUCUGAGGAGGAAAUGCGAGCUGGCUGGGCGAUCCGCCGGUGGCGCCCAGAUAGUCAAGAAUGCCCUGAUGGAGAAUUUGGUGACAAGACAUGGGGCGAUUGGUUUGGAUGCUGUCCAGAGGAAACAUCGGCGAACCAAACUGGGGGUAAUACACAGUGCGAUCGUGGCAAUAUAAUGGGCGACUCCACGCCAAAAGAUCAGUGUGCCAACUCAACAUGGACCCUUUGGUACCAUAAAGGAUACUUCUGCUGCGAUAGCGAAGGUGACGACCGGGGCUACUUCUAUCCGGACGAUUCUGUCGGCUGUGCGAACAAUUCCUGGAUCAACGACGCUCCGAGCGACGUGUCGAGAGCGGGUUCGCGUCCCAACCCUCCCCCCGCGAGCUCGGCAACAGCCUCUUCAACUCCAACUCCAACUCCAACUUCGACAACCUCUUCAACCCCAAUCCCAACUUCAACUUCAACAAACAAAGGUGCUAUUGCAGGCGGUAUAGUUGGAGGAGUUUGCGGAGCACUCCUAAUCGUGGGGCUAAUAUGGCUUUUAUGCCGUCGCCGCCGCCCAAAAACGCUCAAGACCGACGAGGCAGCCCCGGUGACUUCAAACAGCCCUUUGCAACAAGACACUCGUCACAUGGGAUUUCCGAAUGAGCUAGAGGAUACCAACCGCGAACCGUCGGAAAUGGACAGUUCCCGUGAGCUCAAGGAAUUACCACCUGCAUUGCAACCACGUUCGGAGCUUCCUUAA